UUUGCAUUCAGUUGGUGGAAGGGGCUCUGCUUGCGUAGUCAGACGUAGUGAUCUGAGGCAAAGGGAAAACCUUCCCAAAAAAAAACCCAGGAAGCUUGCAAGGAGAGGAAGGGGAAUCAGCUGCAAUACCGUGGAGGACAGGACAAGACAUCAUGGCACAAGUAGACAUGGAGCAACUGAGAAGCAGAGGCGCUGGGAAAUCCAUCGCGGUGUUGACCAGCGGAGGAGAUGCACAAGGUAUGAAUGCUGCGGUGCGAGCAGUGGUGCGGAUGGGGAUCUAUGUGGGAGCUGAUGUUUAUUUUGUGUGUGAGGGUUACGAAGGGCUGGUUGGCGGUGCAGAGUUCUUGAAGAUGGCAGACUGGGACAGUGUCUCAAAUAUCAUCCAACUGGGUGGAACAAUCAUCGGCAGUGCCCGAUGCAAGAGUUUCUGCACCCGUGAAGGUCGCCAGGCAGCAGCUUACAACCUGGUGCAGCAUGGAAUCAACAACUUGUGCGUGAUCGGGGGAGAUGGCAGUCUAACUGGAGCCAACAUCUUCCGGACAGAGUGGAGUGACCUGCUGGCUAGUCUAGUUGAAGAGGAUAAAAUCACAGAAGAAGUUUCCCAGCAGUUUUCCCACCUGAACAUUGUUGGGAUGGUGGGAUCGAUUGACAAUGACUUCUGUGGGACAGACAUGACUAUUGGUACAGACUCCGCCCUGCACAGAAUUAUGGAAGUGAUUGAUGCAAUAACCACCACAGCACAGAGUCACCAGCGAACCUUUGUGCUUGAAGUCAUGGGCAGGCAUUGUGGGUACCUGGCUCUGGUGUCUGCAUUGGCUUCUGGUGCAGACUGGCUCUUCAUUCCAGAGGCCCCUCCAGAGGAUGGCUGGGAGGAUUUCAUGUGCAAAAGACUUGGAGAAAGUCGCAGCAGAGGCUCCAGGCUGAACAUCAUCAUCCUUGCAGAGGGGGCAAUUGACCGGCAUGGGAAUCCUAUCAGCUCCAAUUAUGUAAAAGAACUUGUUUCUAAGCGUCUCGGAUUUGACACACGGGUCACAGUUUUGGGGCAUGUCCAACGAGGGGGGACACCCUCUGCCUUCGACCGAAUUCUGAGCAGCAAGAUGGGCAUGGAGGCCGUACUCACCCUCCUGGACGCCUCGCCAGAGACUUCGUCCUGUGUCGUUAGCCUCUCCGGUAACCAGGCCCUGCGGCUGCCACUGAUGGAGUGCGUGCAGCUGACCAAGGAUGUUCAGAAAGCGAUGAAUGAGAAGAGGUUUGAAGAAGCCAUCACUUUGCGUGGCAGGAGCUUUGAGAAUAACUGGAACAUCUAUAAGCUGCUGGCUCACCAGAAACCUGCUCUAACCAAGAGUAAUUUCAACCUCGCCAUCGUGAAUAUCGGAGCUCCGGCAGCAGGGAUGAACGCGGCUGUGCGUUCGGCGGUUCGAGUUGGGCUCUCGGCGGGUCACACUGUCUACACUGUUAGUGACGGGCUGGAAGGAUUUGCUGCAGGGCAGAUUAAGGAAGUGAGCUGGCGUGAUGUUGGAGGCUGGACUGGACAAGGUGGCUCACUGCUGGGUACAAAACGUACGCUCCCUGAGAAGUGUAUGGGACAGCUCGUGAAACAGAUUCGCAAUUUUCACAUCCAUGCUAUCCUCAUUAUUGGCGGUUUCGAGGCCUUUGUGGCGGCCCUGCAGCUGACCGAGGGGCGAGAACGCUACGAGGAGCUCUGCGUUCCCAUGUGCGUCAUCCCGGCAACCAUCAGCAACAACGUGCCGGGCACCGACUUCAGCCUCGGCUGCGACACUGCGGUCAAUGCUGCAAUGGAGACCUGUGACCGCAUCAAGCAGUCUGCAUCAGGAACCAAGCGGCGAGUUUUCAUCGUGGAGACCAUGGGAGGUUACUGUGGCUACUUGGCCUCCGCCACAGCACUGGCUGUCGGGGCUGAUGCUGCCUACAUCUAUGAAGAUCCCAUUAACAUUCAUGACUUGACGGCCAACGUGGAGCAUCUAACUGGGAAAAUGAAGACCACAAUCCAGCGAGGGCUGGUGCUAAGAAAUGAGAAAUGCCACCAAUAUUACACCACAGAGUUCUUAUACAACCUGUACUCUGCCGAGGGAAAGGGUGUGUUCGACUGUCGAACCAACGUGCUGGGCCAUAUGCAGCAGGGCGGAGCACCGACACCAUUCGAUAGGAACUUUGGGACGAAGCUGGGUGUGAAGUCCGUGCAGUGGUUGACGGAGAAACUCCUGGAAACCUACAGGAAAGGGCAAGUCUUCGCCAACUCUCCUGAGACGGCCUGUGUACUGGGAAUGAACAGGAAGGCAUUGGUUUUCCGACCAGUUACCGAACUGAAGGCAGAAACGGACUUUGAGCACCGGGUGCCGAAGGAGCAGUGGUGGCUGAGGGUACGGCCCUUACUGAAGAUGUUAGCCAAGUACCAGACGCACUUUGAUGACUACAUCACAGGCAAGAUCGAACACGUCAACAGGCGGAGCCUGAGCGUCGAGUCUGGUUUCUGAGGCGAGUGAGCGCUCACAGCCACCUUGGGUCUCCCUGUCACUGCGUUUUAACCUCAUUAGCAUGAAAUGAACAUGGAUUAGCGUAAAACAGUUUGCAUUUGUAUACACCUGUAAUGUAGAGAAACAUCCCAAGAUGCAUCACAGGGGCACAAUCGGACAAAAAAGGAGCUUUACACACCAGGUGGCCACGUUCUUGAUACAUAUGGGUCAUAUGUCAGGCUUAAUCCCCAAGGAGAAUAGUUUCAGGCCUGUGAGAAAGUAGCAUUUUUGAUCCCCUCCAACACACACAUUCUUCCCCCAACCCGUCCCUCACCUCAUGGGUCUUCUACCUUAUGUCUCUAUCUUCAAAUGGCCCUUUUCCGACACAUGAAAGCAGCUUGUGGCUGCAAAACUGGAUUCUCUGUCUCCAUUCUGCAUCUCUGGUAAUCUCUCCCUCCCUUUCUUCCCUUUUCCCCCCCUCUCUCUCUUUCUUGCCCCUUCUCUCCCUCUCUCUUCCCCACUCCCCUCCCUCUCGUUCAGAUUCCUUCCUUUCACCUCUCCUCAUCUAUCCCCACUGCUUCUGGGGAGUUUGGUGCAAGGAUAACACAGGCAUCGUGCGCUAUCCAAUGCCACAAUUUGGGGCAUCACAGCACGUUGAUUAUUGUUCCAGAGAGCAUUUUUUUUUUGGGUUGCUUGACUUAGUUAUGGUGUAUCAAGCACAGUGGACUGUAUAGCACGUAACCAGCCCCUCCACUCAACACACGUGUACCAGAGGCUGUUCAAGCACAGAGGGCGGGGAAGGAGCUGCACGACAACAUUAUUCUUUCAGUGGGAAGGGAAGAUCUACUACCUCUCACAGUGACCCUGGACAAACGCACAUGAAAAAUAUGAUUGAGAAUAGUUGGGAGAAGGUGCUGGAAAGUUCAAUCCAUGAACACAACAGAUGAUGCCCUUAGGAUUACCUUAAUAGAAGUAGUGACUAACUGGGUAGAGCACCCUCCCCACCCUGUCAUAGAAAGUCCAAGGCUGGCACUGAGAUAGCUACCUCUCCACUUCUAAGUGCAUCAAAGCAUCUUCCCCUAAAUAUCAUACACUGUGCAUUCUGUGACACUGAUGCUGAUUACCUAACCCUAGUCAACACCUCGACCCAUUCUGGCUGUGCUUAACUAUAUCUUAACUGUUAGAUUAGCUCCUGAAAUGAAGCCCUUUGAGAACACUGUUGACACUUGCACAUUCAGUGAUAAUGUCCCAUGGAAAUGAAGCUUGGCUUCUCUUGACUGCAGUGAAGGCCAGGGAUUUAGAGAAUUCCAAUUCAUUCCCUCCUCUGGGAGGUUAAUUAUUGAGCCUGGGGAAUUAAUGACAGACGGUUAUUUGAGAUUGUUUUCAGAUUGAAAGGAUUCAUGUUUUUUAAAAAAGAAAGCGUAAAGGAGCACUAUCUUCAAAAAGCAUUGACAACCUAAUUACAGAAGACAGAGGCCAGCUGCUAUGCUCAUCACUCCCCCGAUAAUAUUUAUUAUCUUGCUCUGUGUGUUUGUGUCCAUGUAAAUGAAAGUUCUCCAAUGCUCAUUUAAAGAUGACAGUGCUCCAUUAAAUACUACAACAGUAUUCUCUGAUCAUGUAACCAUUCAGGAACUGGUAAAUCAGACCCUUGUAAAGCCACAAGGCGAGCAAGGUGAACUCUGACAGUCGAGGCUGUUGUCCAGUGGGUUAGUGCAUGGUCAUUCUAGCCAGGAUGAGGGAAUGAGACUCUCCUUCACUAGCUGGUGAAAGACAUUCCUCCUGCCAGUGGGCACAAAGCCAAUGACAACGUAGGAUGACUGGAGUGGGGAAAUGCCUCAAUGGUGUACCAGAGGGCUCUUUCCUGACAUUGGGCAUGAGGCCAGACUAAGAGUUAACUUUAUUGCAGACCUGGGAGGGUUUGAAGCUGCAACAGGGCAUUGACAAUAUAUAUACAUUCAACAGUUUAGAAUUUCCAAGAAGUAGUAUACAUGGCUUUUUAACACCAAGAGUAAGUUUUUACUGGCCAUAAUAUGCAAGUAGUGCAACGUGUCUGUGGACUGUGUGUAUAUAAAACUGUUUAUCAUGUACUGAUAAUGGAUUGUGACCUGGAUAGAUUAUAUUGUGAUUAAAUCUGUAUUGUGCAAUG